AUGGACCUUGAAGAGGACCUGCGCCCCAGGGGAGAGCGCCGGACACCUCGGGACAAGCUCCCUAAAGGGCUGGAGCGCGUGCCCGGCGCCACGGGGAGCAGCUCGGGCGGCGGCUCAGGCGGCGGCUCCGCGCGUACGGGGCUGCGCGGCUCUGUGGUCCCAGAGCGCGAUCCCAGUGGCACAGGCCCCGGAUCCCAGGACGUUGGCGGACACAGCCCGGGAUCCUGCGAUCCCUCCGGGACAGGCGGAGGCCGGGAGCGCCCAGGCAGCGAGAAGGCUCCUGCGGCUGGGCGCCCCCAAGCUGUGCAGGUCGGCGACCCCCAUCCCCAGAGCAUCCAGAGUAGCAGUUUGGAUUGCAGGGGCCGGGCGGGCAGGGCGCUCCGACAGGCGCUGCAGCUAGUGGCCUGCGGCCUGGCGGGCUCGGCCGCGGUGCUCUUCUCCGCCGUGGCGCUGGGGAAGCCCCGCGCGGGCGGGGACGCGGAGCCGCGCGUGGCUUGGGCGCCGGCGUGGGCGGGGACCGCGCAUCCCGGACCCGGCGUCUGCGACUCCACCUGGGACAGGCGAGAACCACUAUCCUUAGUCAACCUUUGGAAGAGGAACCUAGACUCUGGAGAAGAAGAACUGGCGUCCAGGCCGGACCACUGCAAAGCAAAGGCCACACGACACAUCUUCCUCAUCAGGCACUCCCAGUACCACGUGGAUGCCUCCCUGGAAAAGCACCGCUCUCUAACACCCCUGGGUCGUGAACAGGCUGAACUAACUGUGCUCCAACUUGCAAGCUUGGGGUUGAAGUUUAAUGAAAUUGUCCAUUCGUCCAUGACCCGAGCCAUAGAAACCACUGACAUCAUCAACAAGCACCUGCCAGGUGUCUGCAAGGUCAGCACAGACCUGCUGAGGGAGGGCGCCCCCAUUGAGCCCGACCCUCCUGUGUCCCACUGGAAGCCAGAGGCUGUGUAUUAUGAAGACGGAGCCCGGAUCGAGGCCGCCUUCUGGAACUACAUCCAUCCUGCAGAUGUCAAGCAGCAGGAGGACAGUUACGAGAUCUUCACCUGCCAUGCCAAUGUCAUCUGCUACAUCGUGUGCCGGGCACUGCAGUUCCCUCCUGAAGGCUGGCUCCGCUUGUCUCUCAACAAUGGCAGCAUAACCCACCUGGUGGCAUGGCCAGAUGGCCGAGGGGCGCUCAAGACCCUCGGUGACACAGGGUUCAUGCCUCCAGACAAGAUAUCGUGCUCCUGA